AUGGCUAUGGACAACGCCAAAGGCGACCUGGUUAUUCUUCCGGUGAGCGAACUCCAUGUACGAGACAAGAAGCUGUGGCUGACUUCUAAGGAGAAAGUUGAGGAGCUCACCUACAAGAAGCUCAAGCCCUACGUUGACUGGUCCUGGAAUAAUGGAGCUAGAUUUGGUUCCAGUGCCAAGAACCCUUGCCCCAAGACCCUCCGCACCCGCAUUUGCGUGGCCCACAAUUCUUCAUUGGACAACAUGUCUCGACUACUUGGACAAUGUUUCGAGAUCACUGGCACGCAUGCAGGCGUCUUUUGUUCCCCUUUGCAAGAAGUUAGUGACCCUGUCCAAAUUGGCUGGCUACUCAACUACCCUAUGGGGAUUGGGAGAGCGGCACUUCAAAAAGUAAACUCAUACGCCAUUUCAACUUCAAGAUAG